ACAGGUCAAAAAAAAAACAAAGAGAAAUUUUCAGUAAAAAUUGAAUAGUUUUCAUGGCGCUUAUCUAUCACGAUGCUACCAUCAAGACGUCCAUUGAUGUGGUGUUGAAUGUGCUCGAUGAGAUCGGCAGAGGCAUCCCCUUUGGCCAGCUGGUCAACUACUUCAGCGCCAGAAUCGGAUUUCCCGCCAGCGCUUGCAACACGAUCGUCCAGGAAGCCCUCGAGUGCGGCAUGAAGAAAAAGGCGAUCAUAAAAAUGCGCUCACAUUACUAUCUGACACCGCCUCGCCGCCUGCGCCACCCAAGGGCACGCGACAGAUGCUCAGACCUGUGCAGCAAUGUGAAAUACAGGCGUAAGCUGAAAGCCAGAAGAACUACACCAAACAGGGCAAAGCCAGCAUCUGGCUGAUAUAAUUAAUUCAUAAUCCUAUGAGUAUCAGCUGGAGUGUGCCGGGAGUGCAGCGCAAACACUUUAUUAAAAUUAAAAUUUAUCUAAAUUGCGGCGGCAAGCCAUUUUGCCCGCAAAGUACUUAAA